AUGCCCCCGCCCAACUCUUCCUAUGUGUCUUUGGCAACAUCGCCCAACCUGGAUCGCAACAUUCGGGUUGCUCGUGCUGCAGAAUACCCCAAACAAUAUUGGUACCUCAUUGCCAGUUUCACUGUAUUAGUUUCUCUCUGUCGUAUCCUAUCCCUGGUGUAUGCAUACACUCGCAGGUCCCAGGGUCGGUCAAAGGUCUGGCGUCUAUUCUCCGCGAUUGUAAAUGUCUUCCGUAUCCUCGCAUUUCGCUGGACGAUCCCUUUGGGUCGUUCACAUAUUAUGAAUCUUGCGGAAAUCUUUCUCGGGGUUAUAUACUUGGCUGCCAUGCUUAUAUGGACCUUGAUUAAUACGACGGCCACAACAGGGCUCAAAUUUGAUCCGAACUAUUGGGCGAACCGGGCUGGGACAAUGGCUGCAUCACAAUUCUCGCUACUCGUCGCGUUAGGUAUGAAAAACAAUAUCGUAUCUUUUUUAACGGGGGUUUCAUUUGAGAAGGCUAGUAGUAGCUUUAUGACAGUAGCAAGAGCACUAUGUGUGGUUGUAUGGGUACACGCAUCAGGAAGGGUCGGUAUUUUUUCAUAUCAUAUCCCUUCAUUACUUCACGAAGAGCGGUGGCUUCAAUGCGGCAUCCUGACCAUUACCUCUCUCACAGUUUUGUCGAUCUUGUCCAUCCGCCCCCUCCGUAGUGCCGGUUACGACAUCUUCAAAAUUGUACACUUUAUAUUUGGAUUGAUAUUCCUUCUCGGCGCAUACUUCCAUAUUCAAAUUGAGUCCCAGUUAGGUCACUACGUUUGGCCUGCGAUAGUCCUCUGGGCUCUGGAUCGUGUUAUCCGUUGGGGCCGUAUGCUGCUAUUCGUGCAGUUUUCGUCCCGUAACAACGCCUCUGUCGACGUUCUAUCACCACACUUCAUACGUGUGAUCGUCAACAAACCCAGGUUCUUCUACUGGAGCCCAGGACAGUGCGCCUAUGUAACCGUUCCAAGUAUCGGUCUGGUAGCGCACCCGUUCACUAUAUCGAGCGUUGACACGAGGAACGAGGAGGAUAAGCUAAUCUUCCUCAUUCGCGUCCAUGAUGGAUUCACGAAAAAGCUUCUGCACCACGCUGAAAACGGUCAGAGGAUGAGGCUGCUGCUUGAUGGGCCGUACAGUUCUCCACCAGUGACAAGAGGCUUCGAUAGCGUCGUCUUGAUCGCAGGUGGUACCGGUGUGGCUUUCACGUUGCCUCUCCUGUUGGACUUAUUACAGCGAAGUAAAGAAGCGAAACCUCUUCCUUGCACCAAAAUUCUCUUCAUAUGGGCGAUCCGCGAUGCUGACCACAUCAAUUGGAUCUCUGCACCACUAGCUGAUGCGUUGAGCGAUCUUCCUGAGGGAUUGGACGUCGCUGUCAAAAUCUACGUUACAAGAUCUGCUACGCGCCAUGAGGAACUAAGUGAGGAUUGGGAAGACAAAAGCUAUGGAACUGAUACGCCCACCUCCGAGAGGCUUGGUGGCAAGAGCAUUUUGACGGCGAACACGGUCGUGAAUGUCAAAAAAGGUGAACGACCUGAUUUUCCGAGCCUGUUGCAUGCAGAGAUGUCGAACGUCAGGGUAGGGAGGAUGGGAGUCAAUGUAUGCGGUCCAUUCGCCCUUACAGAAGGGGUCCGUAAUGCCCUCGGAGUAGUUCAAGUCCGUAACGUCAUGAUAGGCCAAUUGAGUAUCGUGUUGCACGUUGAGACAUUUGGGAUGGUCAGCGCCGAAGUUUUAUCUUGA